UGUAAAUUAAUUUGGAAAUUGGUCUCUUAGGGCGUUAUGGCUUGGAAGGAGCGCCCCCUGGACCACCCCCAGGUUUUGUACCUAUUGGAGUGCCUCCCGGUCACCCACCCAACACAAAUAGUCGAGAAAUUGUGGCACCUCUACCACCAAUGCCGCCACCACCUGUAGAAAAAUCACAAGAUGUACAAAGAGAAGGACAUAUUACCCACCAGUGCCCCGGGUCUACCACCAACAAUGUUGCCGCCACCCUUCGGUCUCCCGAACAUGCCACCGCCUCAGGUUGGUCACGGUCACGGUCAUGGUCAUGGUCAUGGUCAUGGUGGGAUGCCUCCACUUCCUCAGGGCUUUGUACCACAAAACCUUCCUCCUAUGGGAGUACCACCACCAUUAGGCCUUCCACCACUGGGUGUACAUCCACCAGUAUCUUCCAUCUUAGGGCAGCCUCUCAUAGGUGCCAUGCCACCACCAGUCAGCAUGGCUCCCAGCAUGCCAAACAGACCCAUGAUGCCUCCCGGAAGUGAAAUGCAGAAUAACAUAAACUCUGCUCCAAUAACGACAAUGGCUAAUAGUGGCCACAUGGUGAACAGCAACUCCCACUCACACGACUCCAAUGACAUGGACAUUGAGAUGGAAGAUGUAGACAAAAAUGACAUGGGGAAAGAAAAUGGUCUUCCCUCCAAAGAAAAAGACGAUCGAGGUGACCGAAGACGCGAUAGACCGUCUAGAUUUGAACGCUCGGGGACCCGCUCACCGCCGGGCGUGGAAGACAAGAUGGGUCUGGUGGAGCGGUUACGAAACCUGGCAUCUGGCGGAGACAUGGAACACAGAGAUAGAUAUGACCGGGAAAGACGGGAUAGAGACCAGGACAGAGUUCGGGACGUACACGAGAGAGACGAUCGUCUUCAUGAUCGAGAUCACGAUGCCAUGAGAGGAAGAGAAAAUCGUUUUGGUCCUGAUGCGUUUAGCGGUCCUCCUCCAGGCUUUCCUCAACAGGGACAACGACCCGACGGUCCUCCCAAUUUCCGUCCAGAUGGCAGUGCCGGGCCCAACGGUCCCGUUGGGCCCGGUGGCCCAGGAGGACCCAGUGGCUACAAUAACUUUGUUCCGGUGCCUGGGUUUGGUCCUCCAGGUGGAGGUUCUGGAGGUCCACCAGGAAUGAUGGGUGGACCACCUGGCCCACUUGGACACUCAGGAAUGAGAAAUGAUGGCUUUGGGCACAUGGGCAUGGGAAUGAUGUCUGGACCCAACGGCCCAGGUUUUGGUCCUCGGGGUAUGCACGGUCCUGGUGGAUUUAAUGGCCCUCGGGGAUUGCUCGCACCUCCUCCAAUGGGCAUGGGUUCGUUAAUGGGCAAUAGACCUCCACUCAUGGGAGAUAUGCCUGGUGGUCCUAAUGGCUCAGGAGGGAUGAGAGGUCCUGGAGGAAUGCCAGGACAGCGUCCAGGUAUGUGGAUGGAUGGACCUGGUCCCAGGUUUCAGGGUCAUGAUGUUCCUCAUGGAGGACCACAGGGAUCUAGAGAUGGUCUUCCUGACAGGCCCUGGGAUACUGAUAGAUCCCGGGAUGGAGACAGGCCGUCUGAGAUGGACAGGUACAGAGAUAAUGAACGUUCUCGAGAUGAUGACCGAACUCGUGAGAUGGAUCAGGACCGUUCCAUGGAUAGAGACCGCUCCAUGGAUGACCGAUCCAUGGAUGAUCGCCCUAGAAAUGACCGCUCCAGGGACGACCGCUCCAGGGACGACCGUUCCAGGGACGACCGUUCCAGGGACGAUCGUUCCAGAGACGAUCGUUCCAGAGACGAUCGCUCCAGGGACGAUCGCUCCAGGGAAGACCGCUCCAGGGACGACCGCUCCAGGGACGAUCGUUCGAGGGAUGAUCGCCCUAGAGAUGAUCGUUCCAGAAAUGAUCGUUCAAGGGACGAUCGUUCGAGAGACGAUCGUUCAAGGGACGAUCGCUCUAGAGAUGAUCGUUCCAGAGAUGAUCGCUCUAGGGAUGAUCGCUCUAGAGAUGACCGUUCUAGAGAUGAUCGCUCUAGGGGUGACCGUUCCAGGGCCGAUCGCUCUCGGGACGAUAGAUCCAGAGAUGACCGCUCCAGAGACGACCGGUCCAGAGACGAUCGGUCCAGGGACGAUAGAUCAAGAGACAACCGGUCAAGAGACGACAGGGCACGAGACGAUCGGUCCCGCGAGGAUAGACCCUGGGAUAACAAACCACGAGAUAACGACCGUCCACGGGAUAACGACAGAAGAAGCGAAAAGCGACCUUGGGAAAAAUCUAGAUGGGCUCCACGUGAUGAGGAAGAACCUGCCGUGGAAAUGGAAGACGGAGAGCCCGGCAGUUGGGAUGUGUGGGCAAUGAUGUCUGCCGGUGAUCCUCUGGCAACCAAAAUGGGCGUCGGUGAUGAUAAACCAAUGGAAGAGGAGCUUAAACAAGAAGCUACAGAGAAAGUAAAUAGUUCAGAGUUGCCAUCAGAACAAAAUGAUAAUUUACCUCUGAAAGAUAACGAGGAAGAAAUAAAACAAAAUGUUGAGAAAAUCGAACUUGGAGAGGAAAAUAAUAAAGGUAAUGCAUCUAUGGAAGUGGAAAGUGUACCUACAGAAGAGAAAAGUGCACCAACAGAAGUAGAAAGUACACCUGUGAAAGUGGAUAGUAAACAACAGGAAGUGGAAAGUGCACCUGUACAAGUGGAACAUACUCACACAGAUGUGGAAAGUGCAGGUAUGGAAGUGGAACCACUGGCUGAAGAGUUGAAUAGUGAUACUGAACUUAAAGAAAAAGUUAAUAUUCAUGAAAAUGUUCAAUCUUCUCUUGGCAAAGAAACAGGUCAAUCUCAGCAACAGGAGGACCCUUGCUAUGGUUUCAGUGACAACGUGUUAAGCAAGGAUCUCAGGUCAUCCCCACCGUCAUCUGUUAACAGUGACCAAGAUGAAGGCAAUCGUGUAGCAUUACAACAGAGUACCGCCUCGCAGGAAACUGACUUGGGUGAUUGUUCACGGGCCGAGUCUCGACAGUAUAGCUGCAUACAAGAAGAGACCCACGAGGGUAGAACUCAACAGGAAGAUUCUCAGCAGCAUAUCUCCCAUGAGGAAGAUCCCCAACAGGAGAAGCCUGUACCUGCACAUGAUGAUUACCCACUGGAAGAGCCCACACAAGGCUUGUUACAGGAAAGAUAUAGUCCGGAGCGUCCGUCAAUAGGAGAUGUUGAGGGGGAUACCCCUCAACGGGAUAUCCACGUAGAACAAGCUGAAGAGUCUGAAGAACUGCAGAGGCAUGAGGAGGAUUCUUUUUCUGGUUUUGGUGCAGCUAGGGAGGAUAUUGAUAGGGUUGUGGGUAGUCCACAAAGUGGUGGAAGUGAUGACCAGCGAGAGGGUAAUGCUUACGCUGAUGGUGAUGGCCAGGCUAAUGAGGGAACUGAGGAGGGUUCUGUAAUGGAGCAGGAACACGAGCAGACUGGAGAGGAAGACGAUAGAGAACAAGAUGAGAAUGACGAUGGUCAGUUGAAUGAGGACUAGAAACUUUUCAUGGAAGCAGUGUUUGAAAUUUGUGUGCCUAUGCAUUCAGACAAUAAGGGAGUUGUGAACAAGACACUAAAUCUUAAAAGUGAACAUAUUGUGUAAAAUUGUGAAGUGGCUUUUGAAACGUCAUGCAGAGUUGUUUUGCAUUGAAUGUGAUGCCGUUCAAAUAGCAUAGUUGUUUUGGCACACUUAUCAGAUGACUGGCUUGAGGGAAACUCCUUGGCCUUUUGAUUAAAUGAUGUGGACAAGUAGACAAUAUAAAUCUUGUGACUUGAGGUGUACCUGACUUUUGCUGGGAUAAAUGAUGCCGCAAGUAACGAACCUACCUGCGAUGGGUGACUGUCAUGUUAUUUAUGUUCUUCUCAGGCGAGUGACUCUGUACCUUUUGGCUGUGAUCUAGUAUAUGUUUUAUUAAGAAAGUUUGUACAAUGUUUUAACUUUUUACUCUGUUUUCAUUUUAAAGUCAAAUAUAAUAAAUUUUAGACUAUUUUGCAUAUGAUGGCCUAUUUCAUUUGUCCAAAAGUAAUUGUCUGAAUGUGAAAUGGGCAUGCGAUAUCAGUGUCUUUCCUCUGUGGAUUUAAAUAUUCAAGUAUGCAAGUAAUGUUGGCACAAAAAAAGCUUGAUGAACAGCUGAGAAUGGCUUAUCAAGGUAGUGUCCAUUAGGUACAUGAGUCACGCUGGACGAUACGACUCAGGUAGGUCAGUGACUUCGGCAUCCACGCAGUCAUCGAUCGGCUCAGCGAUGGACCCCGCAUGCCCACUCAAACGUAGUGGUGCAUGCAAGGUAUGGUACCAAGUGGUGAUCCUCAAGUGUACAGAUGAAACAAGUGUACAGUGCACAUCUACCAACCAGUGAAUAAGUGCCCAAGUGAACGUACAAUAAAAAGGGGGUGCACAAAAGCGUUUUUAUGGUGUCAUGCAAGUCAAGAAAGUGAUUGCAAUGUAAUCCUGAGGAAAAUGGUGCAUUCUUGUGUUGUGACCUCAUAAGCUUCUUUCUUUCUCCAGUUGUAUGCUGUUUUUAAAGUACUUUAUCUGAGAGUAAAGAUAUUGUUGAAGUACUGUAACAAGAUAUGUAAAAGUAUAAUGUUCUUCAUCUGAUUCAUACAAAUGAAUGUAGAGGCCUUAAAUUAAUGUUAAAUUUUCAGCCAACAGCUGUGUAAGAGAAGAAGGGCCUGAGUGGUGUGCUCUCACACUUGUUGAAUCUGUAUUUUAUGGUGGAAGGGCCAGAACUGACCCACACUACAAUCAGCUCUUGCCCUUACACCAUGUUAUGUAUCUCUUCAUGCAGUCAUGUCUCAAUACCUGCUAUCUAUGGAUGCCCUAUAUCCUUUUUCCAGUUAUUCCCUUCCUUUGCAUCCAUUUUGCUUUUAAGGAUUUUCUUCUCAUUACAAUGGAAUUUUCCUUUGUAUUUUAUGACAGUUCAUUGACUUAAGUUGACUUUUAGAGAGAACCUUUGGAGCGUUUCACUUCUAUUAAUUUUUACAUUCAUUUAUUUAUUGUUAGUGUCAAGUAGUUUUGUUGAAGAAACAUAUGACCAUGUCUUUAUAGGGAGGUUAAUAGUAGGGCAGGUUUGGAGACAAAGAAGCAAUAUUGACUGCAUGGAAUAAGAUUGAUUGAUGUGGGCAGUUUCACAAAUAUAAUUCCACUGUAUGAUAGCAUAGAAGAGUUCAUGCUCCAAGAUAUAUCAGACCUAUCCUACAGUACUGUAGUGCCGGUUAAGGCACUUCUCUAACUGCAAUAUCAAGUUUUCAUCACAUAUGCUAUUAGCAUGAAUCUGGAAGUUACCUAUAAAUGGUGAUCGACGGUGUAAUCGUAGGUUUAAGCUUACUAGGUAGUGUAUGAGCAAGUUAAUGCACCUGCCAUUACUGACGACUGCCGGUGUUGGCCACGCCCCCCUACCUCUCUGCCGCUGUUACUACGACUUUUAGAUUACAGAACCCAGAGGUGGCUGCAGUGGGGAAGGCAUUUUGAUUGUAUGCUGUGCUUAUUUAAUGUAGUAAUAAAGUGUUUGUACUC